UGCCAGGGGAACGUGUGGAGGCGCCCUCUCUCGGGUUUUGCACGUCGGCAGGAAAGCAAGUUGCGUGUACACAAGUGGCAGAGAGCGUCUAUAUUGCAGCGCUCUCCAGGACCCAGUCGCGCAUGGACCGACAUUGGUUUAUUUUGUAUUUAUUUAUUUUAUCUGAUUUAUAGAACACCGCCUUUCCAAAUAUGGCUCAGUCAUUCUUUACCUCCGUACCCCGUCUUUCUCUGCGGACUCAGCAACCACUAAAACAGUGCAACGGGGAAAGCACCAUAAAAGCAGAAAAAGAAACUUCAGCUGCAAAGCAUCUCCUUUUCCUUCCUUCCUUCUCUGUCUGUUUUAAAGGAUGACUCCUCAAAGACCCACCUGUUCUCGCAGGCUUUUAACCGGGAUUAAUUUUUAACCAUGGGGCCUCUUAACACAUUCUUUUUGAGUUUGUUUCUGUUGUGCUGGGUAGAUUUUUAAAUCCAUUUUUAAUUUAUUUUUUUAAAAUAUUAUUUUAAAGGGUGCAUACCGCUGUACACAUCAGACGGUAUAACUAUAUGAUUAAAUAAAUAAUCAUUUGGUGGUGGUUUGCCUUUUUGUUUUAUUUUAAAGACCCCCCCCCGCCCUGCUAAUUGUGCAAAGAAGCACCUUUUAGCCUCUCCGAGGCGGAACCUUGGUUGCGGCGGCCACCCGGGCCAGGCGGAACUCUAUCCGAACGGACAACGGGCGCUCCGGAGAAAGCGGUCGCUUCCGGUGGUGGUGGGGCGGGCUCUCUGCCGGGGAGAGUCAGCUGACGGCUGUGGCUGCUCCGGAGGUGGACCCGAAUUGGGAGCGAGCGCCACGGCCACACUCGCGCGGGGCGGCCGGAGGAGACAGCGAGGGCCACGAUUUUGGUCGUGAACGGUUUCUGGACUGGGCCUGAACAGGAGCCGGGGAUGGCCAGCAAGGGUCCGGCGGCAUCGGCCUCGCCAGAGAGCUCCAGUACUGGUGGGACCAGCGGCAACGGCAGCAAUGGGGACGGUCAGAGCCAGGAUAGCACCUUCGAGUGCAACAUCUGCUUGGACACUGCCAAGGAUGCGGUGAUCAGCCUGUGUGGCCACCUCUUCUGUUGGCCUUGUUUACACCAGUGGCUAGAGACCCGGCCGAACAGGCAGGUGUGCCCUGUGUGUAAAGCUGGAAUCAGCCGUGAUAAAGUCAUCCCCCUUUAUGGAAGGGGCAGCACCGGACAGCAGGACCCCAGAGAGAAAACACCACCACGACCUCAGGGCCAAAGGCCUGAGCCGGAAAACAGAGGGGGCUUCCAGGGCUUUGGGUUUGGCGAUGGCGGCUUCCAAAUGUCAUUUGGAAUCGGGGCCUUCCCUUUCGGUAUAUUUGCCACGGCGUUCAACAUAAAUGACGGACGGCCUCCCCCAGCUGUUCCAGGGACACCCCAGUAUGUGGACGAACAGUUCCUGUCCCGCCUCUUCCUGUUCGUGGCCCUGGUGAUCAUGUUCUGGCUGCUGAUCGCGUAACCCGGCGGCGAACCCUGCAUUGUACCACGGUUUGUGGGGCUCUGAACUCGUCACAGACCACUACUCCCCCCUGCCCCCUUGUGAACCUCUUGGUGUCCGGCUCCACAGCCAACGACAAGCUCCCAGAAGCCCACGGCAGCAGUGAGGCCGGAUCUCAUCCGUGGUGCCUGAGUUUUGGAAUUAAAGGUCUCUUUAAACGCAUUCUCAAGUUGAGCCAUGUCUCACCCGGCAGGUUCCCGGCCACAGCCGGGAGCCUCGCCUUGAACGCCGCCCUCCAAGAGGGCGUGGUGUUCGGAGUCCUGUGCCAAGCGGCCAGGAGAGAGGCUGGACCAGGAGGGUGAGUGGCAGGCCAGCUAGGCAGCUGGGGGCUCCCUCUCCUCUUGCCACCAUCUCCUGUCCCAGCAGGGCUGAAGGGAGGGAGAUCAGUCGGCCCACGCUCCAGAGUUCGGGUUCCACGAUGUCCCCAGUUGCUCCAGGAAAUCCCUCCUUCUGCUAAUCGGACUUCUGGAGGAGGCCUGGCGGAUCUUGGCAUUGCCUUAGCAGCAUUUCUGCUGUCACCCACCGGGGUUGGUAAACAGGCCUUCCCUCUCGAACCCUUCCCAGCGAUCUUAAAAAGGGAGGGGUGAUGAGAGACCCUUCACCCUAAAACUGUACAAUGCCUGAACUUCCCGGAACCAGACGGGGCAGGUUCUUUCAUCUCAGGGCUGGGGUGGGGCUGUUGGGCAGGGGAGGGUCCUCUCUGGUUGCCGCACCGCACACGCCCCCCUCAACAAAAGCAGUGUUGUCCCCCCCCCCGCUAAAGGCUCUUGAUUUGAAUAGGAACAGUUCUGCCUACUGUAGUUACUCAUGCUCAUCCCGACUUCCUGAGAUGUUAUCUGAAAUUUAAUUCCAAACACACACACACACCCCGCCAUCUUGGAUCCGCUUGAUUGAGAGGAGCAGAAGACAGCCUCUUGACUCCUUUCGCCCUCCUCCACGAUUACGGUUCCCACAAGCGAAAACAACCUAAACUGGGGGCAGCGUGUACAGCGAGGAGUUGCUUGAAAAGUAGUCCAAGCCAAGUGACGGUUAGGGGAAGGACUUUUUGCAGAUUACCAAAGGCGUCGUUUUGAAGGUUGCGGGAAAAUCGCGGGCGCUUCUCCAGCGGGUUGUUCUCCCACACGAGCCCCGCUGAAGUGAACAGGGAGGCUGCACACCGCUCUCGUUUCCACGGGAGUCGCGCCGAAGAGCUUCCCGCUGGAUUGUGACGGAAGGAAGGUCCUUUGGGGAACUCUGUGCAGGGGGAAGUCCUUGUGGGGAACAGGGAAAGCAAGCGUGCCUAGCUUUAAAAAGCCUAGCUGCUGAAUCUUCAGGAUCCGCAGGGCCUAAUGCUUGCAUGUGUGUGUGUAUAUAAGGGAUUCCUCAGUCGGGUGGCCUCAGUUUGCCUUGGUUGUAAAUAGAAGGUUGUCUCCCAAAGACUCCCGGACUUGACUUCACUCUUGCAAUGCUCUUCCCCGGCACUGGGGAAGCCUUUCGCGUCCACCUAGGAGGUGCGAGCAGCUUGUACGACCCUUGCCAAGCAGCCAGAUGGAGAACUCUUUCCCUUGUGUCUGCUCCCCGGCUUCCCCAAGGGUACGGCAGUACACCCGAAAGGUUCCAAAGGCUGUACCUGGCAGCAUCCUCCAGCCGGCAUAGCUUUGCAGGCCAGCUUUGCUGGGGAGGCAGUGCCCUGCGCCCUCUGCUGAGAAGGGAACUUCGAGUUGCAUCUCUGAACAGAUAAGGGAAUUCUUGCGCCUGUCCUUUCCACCCCCCACGCCUGUCAUUCCGAGAGAAACGAGCGCCAAAGCCGGGGAGUGAAACGUUCUCAGAAACGUAAAUGUGCGGAGACGGGCAAAAAGGACGGGGCGGCCUUUGGCCGUCGUGGCUUGAAGUGGCAUUAAGCUGGUCUAACAGACUUUGUGGGCUUUUUAUGACAACGUAGCGCUCUGAAAGCAUCCCUCUGGCCGCGCAGGCCAAGGUGUUUGCCGUCUGAUCUUCAAGGUGCCGCACUAGUCAUGAAGACAUCUUGUACUGGGGCAUCUGAGCAGUCUCCGUGUGGGACUGAAAGAGGGGAGAGUCUUUGAAAGCUCCAAGAGCUGUCAAAUGUGGGGGCCCCCCCGAUAUUGUUGGACUACAACUCCCACCAUCCUCAGCCACAGUGUUGGGAGUUGUAGUCUGGGCCCCCCAAAUUUGACAAGCUCUGGAUCUUUACUGCAGCAGAAGCUUUCAUGGAUCUUCCUGCUUUGGGCUGCGUCUUGCGAAGGCGGCGCUUGAGUCCACACACGCUUGUGUUGAAAUAAACGGUCUUUAAGGUGCUACAGGUCUCCUUUGCUGCUGCAGACAUAGGGGCGUAACCCCGAUUCUCUUCCGGAAUGUACAGCUGAUCCGAAUUCCACUUUGGACUCCCCUCUUGUGCUUUCUCUUUGUUCUGGACUAUUUCUUUCUCCCCCAACAUUAUGUAUUCAGAUUUGCUAGCCACAGGCUGUGUGCAAAGAUGGCGCCUGUGUGGAGCACUAUUGUUCACUGAUUUUCACUGUUGUGAAAGUAAUGUAGAAUUAAAAAAAAAAAGUUUUUACAUUA